UUAAGUAUCUCGCUAUGGAUAUAUAUAAAAUAUCAUCGUUAUAGUAUUUAUUUUGAGCUUGCUAUUAAUGCAUGUGGUUAGAUUUUCAAGAUAUUUUUUUAAUCUGCAAAAACUGCCGCCUAGGUAGACAAUAAAGACGUUUUAAUUGUUCAAAAUAUCAUUUCAUUACCCAGCGUCAUCUAUACAGUAUCACGCAAUUUGGUUAAUAACUUAUACCGUCCUCAUUCGUCAGCCCGAUUCAACGAAGCCACUCCAUACCGCGAGUACUUGCUACCAACGGAAUUAUAUUCCAUAUAUAUGUAUAUCUGGUCAAUUGGAACCACGCAUUCAAAACACCGAGAGAACGUGUGAAUUUGAUGAAAAUAUUACUAAAAGACUGUGUUCAAUGCUGAAAAUGGUUUCGUAUCAGAGCGAGUGCGAGUUCAAUUCACGAGAAAUUUGUACCAAUGGAGAUAUACCGCCCGAUUUGACAUUGGAUUUUAUGAGCAGCAAACACGCAGAGCGGAGAGUUUCUAACAGCAUUUCUCGUGUUUGCCAAUAUGACAUGCUUGGCUGUGCAAGGAACAGCAGCGACUAUGUUGAUUCCUUGAAAGACACCAACAACACUGAUCAACCUAGCACCGAUGCAGUUUCCUUUUUCUCGUACAACAUGCAUCAUGCACGCAGAGGAAUAUUUGUAAUAUUCAAUCAUAAGGAAUAUAGACCUCAAUUAGAGGCAACCAGGAGAGACGGAACAGAUCGUGAUAGAGAUAAUCUCUCUGAAACCGCGCAAGCACUUGGAUUUCAGGUUUUCAUUAAGAACGAUUUGAGUGUAAAGGAAUUGCUACAAUUCAUAGAUUUUUGUGCUCGGCAAAACUACACAGAAUGCGAUUGUUUUGCAUGUGCCAUCCUGACUCAUGGGGAAUCCGGUGACAUGCUGUACGCCAGCGACGGGAAGUAUUCCAUACAAGAGCUAUUCGCAUCUCUUCAAAACUGCCCAACAUUGAUAGGAAAGCCAAAGUUAUUUUUUGUGCAGGCUUGUCGGGGAAAUCGUUUGGAUCGUGGGGUAAACGUAGAGGCCGAUGCGUUAGAUUCAUCGACGUUUGAUUCGGAAGGAUCCCAGUGUGCUGUAAUUCCUGUAGAGGCAGAUUUUUUUAUUGGAUAUUCUACUGUAGAAGGUUACUACGCUUGGAGAAAUGGCGAAAAUGGUUCUUGGUUUGUUCAAUCGUUGUGCUAUUGCUUGAAAAAAUUCUAUAAAAAUAUGGAACUCAUGCAAAUUAUGACUAGAGUAAAUCGAAUGGUUGCGUAUGACUUUGAAUCAAAUGUGGCAAACUCCCCGGGAUACCACAAAAAGAAACAGAUGCCAUCCAUUGUGACAAGACUGACAGGAGACGUAUAUUUUGAAUCCAAUCCGACGCCAGAAUUAAAUCGCGAAGAACCUGAUGGGCGACUCCUUCAUCGUAAAAAAUCAAUAAAGCAUAAUUUUAUGCUGAAGACAGAAGCAACUCAUAGCACGCAUAUCAAAAGGCAAACGAUUAAGACCAAAUUGAAAUUAGUCAAGUUGUCACAAAAGAAAAAAGAAAUCGAAUUAGAAGAAGAAAAGCUACGGGAAAAAUUGUUGGAAGAUGAGCUAGCAUCGCUAUGAUAUAUAUCUUCAGAUAUUACAGAGCUGCAUAUAAUUUUGAUUGAUUAUCAUUAGAGUAUCAUGACUAUGUCCGCCUAAUUGCCGAUUGUCAAUAACAACAAGUCCACUAUAAGGAAUUUCUACGUAAGCCGGCUUCCCAUGUUCUAAGCAAUUGUUCCAUACGCCCCCAACGAUUUUCACUAUAUUUCAGAUACAGUACUUGAAUAUUUUUUUUAUGUUUUUCUUACAUAUUUAUUCAUAUUUCCUGUAUUACAAUAACCUGAUAGCUCAUGCAUCAAAAAAGUAUGUAGCCCUUUACCUUAUGCAUGUUCCGGAUUCUAUGACACAUCGUGUUAAGAUUUUGCGAAAUACCUA